AUGCGCCCCCUACUUCGCGCUCAGUUUUGUCACCAGGCAAUUAACUGGCAUACUCAUGUUCGCAACAUGAGCUCAACAACAACCGAAGUCUUGUACGCGCUGUCGGUGGCUUCUGGUCCGACCAGACUAGGCCCGGAAGAUUCUUCAAAACUGAGCCACCAUGUCCAAUCUGGGUUUCGAAACCCCUGGGAGCGCCGAGUCACCGGCCGAGCAAAUGUACCAGUCACUACCGGCCCAACUGUCCCUGUUCGAAAGCCAGAAUUUCUUCCUAGCCGAGUUACCCCCAAUUUGCGCGCAACAUGGUUAGGACAUGCCUGCUUCUACGUCGAGUUUCCGAGCGGUCUUCGAGUCCUCUUUGAUCCAGUCCUUGAGGAGCGCUGUGGACCAUACAACAUGUUGGGACCGAAGCGCUUCACGGAUGCUCCUUGCAAGCCUGAAGAUAUUCCUGUGAUUGAUGCAAUUCUCAUUUCCCACAACCACUACGACCAUCUCUCAUACAAGACUCUUAUGACUCUGUGGGAAAAACAUCCCAACUGCCAUUUCUUUGUUCCAUUGGGCGUCAAGGCCUGGUUUGACAGCUGCGGCAUAAGUAAAGUUACAGAGUUGGACUGGUGGGACGAGAACGAGAUCAAAUUGUCUCCACUGUCUCCGUUGCAGCAGGAGGAGGCAAAUUUGGGUAACGCUGGAGAAUCUGCUUCCACAGUGGCAGAGAUCACGGCACGGGUCAGCUGCUUGCCCAGUCAGCAUAACAGCGCUCGUACUCCAUUCGAUCGAUUCAAGACUCUGUGGUGUGGUUGGGGUCUUGAAUCAAACGGUGUCAAGGUUUAUUUCGCAGGAGAUACUGGAUACCGACCCGUCCCCGAGCUUCCUGCCGGAGAGGAUGACCAUGACCCAAAGUACGACUUCCCCAUAUGCCCAGCUUUCAAGCAAAUAGGCGAAUUUCGAGGCCCAUUUAACCUUGGCUUGAUUCCCAUUGGCGCAUAUGCUCCUCGUCAUAUCUGGAGUCCCGCACAUGGUGAUCCGCACGAUGCAGUCAACAUUCUCCAAGAUACAAAAUGCAAGAAUGCACUUGGCAUGCACUGGGGAACCUGGGUUCUUACUGAAGAGGAUGUCCUCGAGCCUCCUGAGAAGUUAAAGACCGCUUUGAAGACACUGGGUCUGCCCGAGAAGGGUGUCUUUGAUGUGUGCGAUAUUGGCGAAAGCCGAGAAUUCUAA